UUGAACCUCCCAAAGAAGAGCAACAUUGCAUGAGAUUUUACAGACCACAUUGCAAGAGAUUGAUUAUCAAAAUGGGCAUGCCUUCCUUCGAUGUCUCCAUGACUCUUGUGGUUUUGACCUUGCUCUGCCUGAGCAGAGAAGCUACCGCAACUGAGUAUAUAUACCAUUUCUGUUCAGACAAAACCACUUUCACUCCCAACAGCACCUUCCAGUCCAAUCUAGAUCAUCUCCUCUCUUCCCUUUCCUCCAACGCCGGACAUGAAGAUGGUUUCUACAACACCACCGUAGGACAAAACGCUUCCGACACUGUCUACGGCCUCUUCCUCUGCCGUGGCGAUCUCACUUUCCAAGACUGCCAAAAGUGCGUGGGCACUGCCGCCCAGGAUCUGAUUCAGCAGUACUGCCGCUUAGGAAAAGAGGCCGUGAUCUGGUACGAGGAGUGCAUGUUACACUACUCAGACCAAUAUUUCUUCUCCAAGAUGAACACACAGCCUGGUGUUCACGUUCCGAGUAAACACAAUAUUUCUGAUCCAGAUCACUUUAACCAAUUACUAAUGGCAACGACGAAAGGCUUGGUAAGCCAGGUUGCAAAUGCGGGAAUUGGUGCCAAAAAGUUCGCAACAAAAGAAGCAAAGUUUACCGGGUCUCAAAUACUUUACACCCUCGAGGAGUGCACGCCUGACAUAUCUAGCUCUGAUUGCAAUAAGUGUAUACAGAAAGGGAUAACCUUAAUGCAGCAAUGUUGCAGUGGAAUACAAGGGGCAAGGGUUUUUUUUCCUAGCUGUAGAAUUAGGUACGAAAUCUACCAGUUUUACCAGAUGCCAGCAAUUCUUCCUCCGCCUCCAGGGAAAAGAUCAAACUUAUUGCUCGCAAUUAUUCCAAUUGUUGCUCUGAUUUCUGUCUCUGCGGUGCUCUUCAUUAUAAUCUACUACUUCCUUUGUAGGAGAGCCAAAAAAGAGUACAAUGCUAUGCAUAAAGAAAAUGGGUCCGUCCAAUUUGAUUUUGCUACAAUUGAAUUGCUACCACCGCCAAGUUCUCAGAAGAUAACAAGCUAGCUAGUUGCAGGUGGAUUUGGUGAGGUUUAUAACGGGUACACUCCCUAAUGCACAGGAAGUAGCUGUGAAAAGUCUAUCAAAAAAGUCUUGGACAAGGUAAAGGAUCGAGAAUUUAAAAACGAGAAAUCUUGUAAGGCUAUUACCUAUUGGGUUGAAAGAACAUUUCCAAGAAAAAUCUUGUAAGAACAUUUCCAAGGCUUUAUAUUUGGUUCUUAAUAAAUAAAGUUUAGUAAA